CCAAAUCAGAUCAAAAAGGACGUCUUCUUCCUCCUCAAAGCUCGGAUUCCCACCAUUGUUACCUUCAACUUCAAACUUUCAUAUCUUUCUCAUUUUAGCUCCAAAUUUUACACCAUGUGCAGCACGGUGUACUGAUCCCACUAAUACAGGCAAUGGCGGAUCCAGAAAAAGAGUGUAUUGGGGGCAGGAUCUUACUAACUUCAUCGCUUUUCAUCUUUUGCUUCAAAUAAAUUUGUUUAAUACUGAAAAACCUAAGAGUAAAACAGAUGCAGAGUGGAAUAUUUUGCAUAGACAGGUUUGUGGGCAUAUUCGUCAAUGGGUUGAUGAUAAUGUUUUGAACCAUAUAUCAGCGGAGAGACUCAUGCUCGCACUUUGUGGAACAAGCUUGAACAGUUGUAUGCUAGAAAGACCGGGAACAAUUAAUAGAGUAAUUAAUACCAUUAAUUAGGUUUCCAUCUUUAUUAAGUUUCCUAAUGUAUUCAGG